AUGGGCUGCGGGACCAGCAAGGUGCAGCCUAAGGCAUCCAAGAAGGGCUAUGUAAGUGUGGUGCAAUCUCUUGUGGCUUUCAGCAGAGCACGUGAUGAUGAUGGUGGUGAUAAUGGUAAGCCGAAGAAGCGUAUGGAGAAGCAGAGGGGUCAGUGGUUUUCCACAAGCAGUAAAAAUCUUCCACCAACGUCAAACGGCCAACAGCAGAUGCUCAGAGAUGGACGACAGAGGGAUAAAGUUGCCAAGUAUAAGGACAAGUUUGACCCACGGGUGACAGCAAGAUAUGACAUCAAGGCUCUGAUCGGUCGUGGAAGCUUCAGUCGUGUUGUACGUGUGGAGCACAGGGCGUCUCGCCAGCCCUUCGCCAUAAAAAUGAUGGAGGUAGAGGCCCCAGAGGGCCAUGAGGUGUGCGCCUCUGAGCUGGCGGUGCUGCCGCGGGUGAGCCAUGCGAAUGUGAUUCAGUUAAUCGAGGUGUUUCAGUUUCCACAGCGGGUCUACAUGGUGCUGGAGCUGGCUACAGGAGGGGAACUGUUGGAACGUGUCGUUAGCAAAGGACACUUCACAGAGCGGGAUGCCACCCAGGCCCUCCGGAUGGUGCUGGCUGGGGUGGGAUACCUCCACAUGCUGGGUAUCACCCACAGAGACUUGAAGCCUGAGAAUCUUCUCUACUACCACCCUGGGGCUGACUCCAGGCUGCUGGUGACUGACUUUGGACUGGCAACCUUUGAUGGGACUGGGGCAGACCAUACAUGGUCCUUGAGAACAACCUGUGGAACCCCUGAGUACAUGGCCCCUGAAAUGUUGCUGAUGAGACCCUAUUCCUGUGCAGUAGACAUGUGGGCGCUGGGGGUGAUCGCCUACAUCAUGCUGAGUGGAUCUAUGCCCUUUGAGGACGACAGUCGAGUGCGGCUCUACAGAUCCAUUCUUAGAGGAAAAUACAGCUUCCAUGGAGAUCCAUGGCCUUCUGUGUCCAACCUGGCCAAGGACUUCAUUCAGCGCCUGCUGGCAUUAGACCCGGCCAUCCGUCUGACCGCUGACCAAGCCAUCCAUCACCCCUGGGUGGUCACCAUGGCAGCCAGCUCUUCGAUGAGGAACCUCCAUCGAUCCAUCUCCCAGAACCUCAGGCAGCGGGCAUCACGCAGCUCCUCCCGGUGCCCAAGCAGCACAGCAAGCUCCAGUGAUGCCAACGGCCUGGGAAGGCUAAUGUCACUGGAAAAAAACCAAGAGCAACAGAAGCAGCCACAGAGCACAACAUCUGGACUGACUCAGCCACAGAGAGCAAUACAACAUCCAGCCAAAGGGCUCCUGGAUCAUCAACACCAUCCAGCUAGAGCAUCAGAUUCAUGA